GGUCUCAGUGGAUAUUAAGAGGGGAAGCUUGGAUAAAAUACCAAGGCCUGCAUCUAGCUCAAGAGCUUAUCCUAAUUGUAGAUCUUUAAAACAUCUAUGGAGUUACCAACAGCAGAGCCACAUUUGCCUAAGGUUGAUUCACCUGUCAGUUUGCCUGGUAGUCAUCAAAGAGGCAGUUUAGAACACUGCUGUCCAGAGGAAAACAAAGGUGAUAACAGAGAGAAAUCUGAUGUCAAGGAAUUAAGAAUAGAUUGGCAAACCACGAUGGAGAGUACAACUGUCUUUCUUCAGAAAUGUAUACGGAAUCGCAAGAAGCUGUCAGGAUGUAUCUCUAACUCAGAUUCUGGAGGCGACUGCACUGAAAUACAGACUUUAAAAUUCUGUGAACCUUCCCAAGGAAAACUAAGUAAUGCAAGAGCAGCAAACCCUUCCAACUUGGAAUAUUCUGAAGAAACAGAUGUAGAUCCUCAGAUUCAAGCAGCUAUAAAGAAAAUGAAUAAACUUGACACAAUACUGGCAAAAAAACAUUUUAAGGAGAGAGCAAUUAAAAAACAAGGCAAAGAAAUGAGGGCAAAGCUCUGGGAAGAGCUUCAGUCUAUCAGAUCCACUGAAAGCCAUGAAGAGAUAGAAAACACAAAAUUUUUUUUAGCUUUGAUCUCGCCAUGGCAGGAUACAGCUGGUCCCUCCUGUGCCAAGGAAGAAGAAAGACUUACUUCAGUAUUUCACACACAAAUUAAUCCAGAAGAUUAUGAUAGCCAUAAACCCCAGUGUAAUCAGGAUUAUCCAAGUGAAUUAGAAAUAAAUGAAUUUCUUAAUGAACCAGAAAAAAUGCAUAUCAACAAUAAAAAUAAUAAGGAUUUCAUUAAAAAGAACAUAGAGCUAGCAAAGGAUUCAGAAAACCGUUUCAUGCUUGAAGAAGAAAGAAAAAGGCUAAUUGAACUACUGAAAGAUACAGAAGAUGGAACCGAAUUGCAAGGUCCUGAGGAGGAUGUAUGUGGCUGGCAAGAACCCGGAGAAGGGUAUAUACCUGACCUGAUGGAACUUCAUCACCUAAAGGAGAUAGACAUUAAACUUCAAGCGCUAUUAUCUCAUAGGGAUUUUUCAGCUAUUUCCAGCUCUCAGUCAAAACUUCCAAGCCAGAGUUAUCAGGAGUCUCUGGUUUGUGCAAACAGAAGCCUAGAAGCAGUUCCAGGUGAAAAGGUUCUGCGAGACAACAAGGAACAACGUGAUCAACAAAAUCGUCUGAAAGAAAUAGAUCUUCAGCUGAAAUCCGUAAAGAGAAAUCAUACUGAAGAACAAAUGGGCCUCUCUGAAGAGCAGCUUAAGACCCUUCUGGAAGAAUGUAUACAGGCUCAGAGAACAAUAAGCAACGUUACCAUGCCAAAGUCUCAGGAAUCUCUUUCUUUUGGAUUAAGUCCCCCUUGUUACACAAGUCAAAACUCCACUCUUCACUCCACAUCUACUCUUUCCAAAAUGUUAGUUGAAGACCAUAUUGUAGGGAUGUUAACAGCUCAGGAAAAGACUGGACUGGAAGACAAAAGCUUGUGUGUUAAUGCAGAGAGUGAAAUCCCUGGCUGCUAUAUCAGCAAAGCACUGGUUGAUAGACACUUAUCAAAGGAUUCACUGGCCCAAACAGAGGAACCUGCUGACCUAGAAGGUUUACAGAAGAUGGAAGAUAAGAGCAUUACUAAAGGUUACUUUAUGUCAAGAGCAUUCAACACAAAAAGGUUGAAGAAACCUUCUUUCUUGGAUGAACCAUUAUAUUGCAUCAGCACAAACAAUGAGCCAUCCACAGAGGCUGACAUUCUCUGCAUACCACUGCAAACCAAAGGAGAUGAUAUGAAGAUGGAAAAGAUGUGGGGAGAGUGACUAGACACUUCUUUGCACAACUGUGUUUUUGAAAGUCUGGUUAAGCCUCCAUCAGUGAUAUUAUCCUGAUACAGUAUCAUUUCAGACAACUUGAAGUGAAUGAAUUAUCAUCUUUGAAAACUGUUCAGUGAGCUUAUUCUUAAGAGGUAAUUGUUGUUGCAGUUUAAUUUCAAAAUAAAUUCUUGCAUUUCAUUAAA